UCAAAUUUUGUUUGCGACAUGUUUAAUGUAGAUUUUUAAUUUUAUACAGAUGCACCAUGUUUGACUCAGCACCUAUAAACAACAGGACAUUCACUCAGCUCCAAUAGGAUUUAGUUGUGAGAACUUGGGCUGUCUUAAUGUACAUGAAAAGCUGAGUUAAUGCUGUUCUCAAGAAACUAGGGCAAGCUCUUGCGUCAGAGGCAGAUACAAUUGAUGACUGUGUUAAUGCAUGAUAGUGCCUGCCAACAUCAUGCUAGUUGUCAUUAUUUUGUGCUACAGUUCAGCCAGCACACCAUUUGCCUUUGGCUAUAUUUGUCCAAAUGUUGACAGAGCAUAAAACAUGACUUUUUGAAAACCUUAUUUGAGCCCAAUUUUCCCUGGCAAAGUCAACUUACCAUUUGAUGUUUUCCAGCAUCACCCCUACCAGGUGUUUGCUGUCCUCUACUGGUGGACACUGAAGCAGUUGAGUUAAAUGUCUUGAUUAAGGUUUGGAUUGUCAGUCAAUAACAGGAGAACAAUACUAAUUAAUACUAAUUUUUUUUUUUUAACAUGUUCCUAUGUUGGUGAUUUAGUUUGUCCACCACACUAACCUACAGGCUGCUGACAAACUACUUGAAGUAUUUUAUCUGCAUUUUACACACCAGCAAACUGGGCAUGCAGAGCUCACUAGAUCCAGUGUAAUCAUAUGAACCAUAGAUUGGAUGCUAUAUAAUUACUAUUGCGGCUUCAACUUAUAUUUCCACAUUUAGACACCUCUUGGGUGAAGGAAGGCAAACAGUAUUGUUACAUUAAACACUAAAAAUCUUAUUUUAAUCCAAAUUCUAUGAUGAUUUUUCUUCAAUGAGGCAUCAUUGUAGCAUUUACAGCAGGAAAUCAGUGCUGCAUGGAUUUUGAUAGCUCUAAAAACAGCACAGGAACCAACAUAUUCCUCAGUAUUUGUAGUAAUUUUGGACCACUAGGAAUAAGGUACAGGACUAUGCAGGAUAAAACUGCUAGUUAGAAAACAUGUAAUGAUUAAAAAAAACCCUUUGAAAACAUGAUUCAUUUUUGUUUAAUAAGCAGUAAUGCACAGAUUAUAUUAAUUAUAGCCUACAACAAGACCACAGAAUUAACCCUGUCAUGAUAUUAGUAUGAUAUUGUGACAAAGUUUGAUUAUGUGUAAAACUACUCAAAACAGUUUCAGUGUUUACUGAAUUGAUAUUCUAUAAGCUGAUUGUUUUCGGUUCAUUUCUUGCUUCAUAUGAUCUUUUCUUUCUCUUAUGAUUUCUACCAAUGAUCUCGCCUUCGGUGCUCCACAUAUCAUGUGACGGGGGAGUGGUAGAAAAUCAGGAAACACAUCGCCGCUGCGAGUCUCAAGAAAAGAUCUCCAUCAUGGCCUACCAGGCUGGGAUUCAAGAGGAGCCCAGUGUUCUGGUUAACAACAUCAGCUCCAACAUCCAAAAGCUGACACUGCUGAUCUCUGAGCUGCAGAGGGCAGUGUCUCUGUUGGGAACGGAGCAGGACAGCAGCCAGCUACGACACUCGCUACAACAGAAACAACAGCAAGGCAACCAGCUAGCUAAGGAGACUGACCGACUAAUCAAGGCUUUCAGUGCACUUCCUGUCGGCGCAGAUCAGCGACAGAGAAAGAUACAGAAAGAGCGUCUGUUGAAUGACUUCUCCGCCGCCCUGAACAGCUUCCAGAAGACGCAACGCCAGGCAGCCGACAAAGAGAGAGAGUUUGUGGCCCGAGUCAGAGCCAGCUCCAGGGUGUCGGGAGGCCAGCCGGAGGAUAGUUUUGGAAAUGUUCCUCCUUCGCCAAGUGACUCCCAGAUGCAGGCUCAGGCUGAGGCCAUCACUGAAGAAGACCUGAGGCUAAUCCAGGAGAGGGAGUCGUCCAUCAGGCAGUUGGAGUCUGACAUCACAGAUAUCAACGACAUCUUCAAGGACCUGGGGAUGAUGGUCCAUGAGCAGGGAGACAUGAUAGACAGUAUAGAAGCCAACGUGGAGACCGCAGAUGUGAAUGUCCAGAGGGGCACACAGCAGCUGGCACGUGCUGCAGACUACCAGCGGAGCUCCCGUAAGAAGAUAUGCAUCCUGAUGGUAGUGUUGGCCAUAGCUGCUGUUGUUAUAGGACUCAUCAUCUGGGGCGCUGUCAAAUAAUGAAGACUCUUCCUCUCCUCCUCUUCUCCUGUUGAGUCAUCAGCCUGGACAACGGAUGUCCUCCUUUGCCUCAUUGAAACUGUCUGUCUGUCUUUGAUUUGAUUAUAUUUUUAAAAUACUGUCGUCUUUUAUCGAAAUGACUGCACAGCCUUCACUGUGAAACUAAACCAGUUCUGGUAGCUUGAUUGUGAUUAUCAGUUUUAAUUGAAUGAUUUGUGUGUGAUUUAGGCGUGAUUUACGAAGACAGGAAAAGUUUUAGUCCUCAUCUGAUUGUCAGAGGGAAGUGUAAUCAUAGGUGGAGCUUGCUGUAUUCAUUGGCAGCCAUGUUGGCUCCUACAACUGUUGCUGAGUAACCGUUGCCACUGCCCUAUCAAUGUUUAGAUGCUCACUGACUAAUGAAGCAGUAACUUCCUCUAGACAAGUAUGGAUGGGUUAGUAAGGCAGUGCUCUAUGUGACGGUGCUUUUUUUUAUCAUGUAUCUCCUGUACUUUAAGUUAUAAUUCAUUAAAAUGAUUAGUUAAUUUCUAUUCAAAUUUAUGUAGUCGUAUUACAAUCACUAAUCAAGACAUGACCAUCCUAAAUCUGUGGUUAUGACAGUAUAUCACACUCCACUAUCAGCCAAUCAUUCCAGAUAAGACUUUUUGUUAAAUAGCUGUUGUUUCCUUUGACUACACAAAUUGUUUUUAACUAUGUAGCCCAGAAGACUGGAAGUCAAGAAUGUUUCCUUUUUAUGAUUACUUUAUUCAUUAAAUUAAAUAUCACAUUUCAGAUGAGUACACACACAUAAUGUAAGUAUAACAUGUAAAUAGGACAGGCCAGGUGAAGUUAUAGUUGUUUUUUAUGGAUCGUUUUAACCUGCUUUGGUGUGCUGUACUUAAAGGCCCUGCAUGCCCACACUGGUGUAUCCAUGUUCUGGUUGAUUAGACCUCUAAUUAGCCAACCUAAGUGAAAACACCUGUGUGGGUUUACCAUUUGCGUGGACUUUACCCAUAGAAAAGUACUGACAGUCAGCUGUCACUCUUUUCUGCACCUGAGAAACUACUUUUUCUAUAUUCUUGAUAUGAAGAAACCAAAAUUUUUACACAUCCAAAGUGCAGUUAGUUAAAGCAAACACUAAAUUGUUUGCCUCUACUAUUAUACUCAAAUGUAAAACUAUGAUUACAUGUAUAUUUUUAAUAAAAAGAUUUAGCUGCCUAUUGUGUGCUGAAUAAAUUACCUGAAUGUACUGA